AGAGUUCAUAACCUUAAAAAUCAAAAAGAAAAAUAAAACAUUUAAAAAAAUUUGAAAAAUUCGAAAUCAAAAUAGGAAAAAAACUUGCCUUUACUAUCAUAUCUGAGUAAAAAUACGUAGUAUAAGUAUAAAGUAAAGAGCUAUAAACCUUCCAAAUUCUAGAGCAUUUUUUUUACAUGAAAAUCUUCGACGGAUUCAAAACUCUUCUUUAAAGACUCUUGCUCAUAUCGAGUAUUUAGUGAGCAGGACCUGAAAUGUGUCAAACUCCAUUGUUAAAAUGCGUUUUCACCCUCUUUUCCUCUUUUUUUCAACGACAAAAACUUUGUACAACUGAAAUAAAUUCGCCGAUGGAACCAACACUUUUACCCAUUUUUCGAUACAAUUUUGGAACUAAUUUCAUUGUUUAUAUGAUAAUAAGAUUUAUAAGAUAUAUCAAGAAUUUUGUUUUAAUAACUAAAGAAACCUUAAAGUACUAGAUCACCGAUAUACAGCAUAAGAAUAAAAUGCAUAUGUAAGAUACAAAGACAGCCAACUUCAAGCAAGAGAAUUUAACAUUUUCCUCGAAGUCAGAAAAAUCAAAAACCUCAUUUUAUAUAUUAGUGCGCUGGCCUAAGUUUUACAUAAAUAAAUAAGAACUCCUAGAACCCGCAAUGUAUGACAUAAAUGUGCCCAUUUUAGUAUAAAAUUGUUUCGAAAAUGAGUAAAGAGGGACUAAACUGGGACGAAACCCAUUUUAGACAUGUGGAAUAACAAACAAAUUUUUAAGAAUUUUUCUUUUUUUUUUUGAUAAAAUAAUCUAAAAUGUUGAUUUUCCAGCAAAUAAAAGAAUUUAAAUUGUGAUUAUGGUCCAGGUUAGGGCUAAAUUUUACUUUUCGUAUACGAUCUCAAAGCUUAUUUGAGCGGUUUAGUCAGAAAUAGCGUUUCGUUAUUUCAGUAUUCGACCUGCUAUUGGAAGAAGCCACGUAAACAUUUCUUAAAUUAUAAUUUUUCCAGGGAAUUGGAAAAGUUUUAGAAAUUCAUUGUUUAUAAGAAUGUUCUGACGCAAUUAGAUCCUUUCCUUUUUUGAUAAGUUUUUCAACAUAACCUCAAUUUCAGAAAUUUUUUCAUCAGUUUAUCUCACAAUAACUAACAUCUUAUACAUGCACUGUGUAUUUUAAAACUGAAUUCAAGAUUUAUGAAAUCUUUGACAAGUUGCUUUAUACAGAAAUUAAAUAUAGGAACAGAAAAACAUUAUAACUUAUGUAGUAUCAAAUUGUCUCUAUUGAGUUGUAUGUUUCUCAAAGAGAAUUUAAAAUUGACUGUUUAUUGUUUUUAUUGAUGUCUGAAAUAAACAGAUCAUCAAUUCAAUAAAUUUUUUUAGAAAAAUAUUAUUAAAUAACACACUGCGCCAUCAACCGCAGCCCGCCCGACACGACGCUUCUUUAACAUAUUUAACACACAAACAUACAUACAGACAUUUCUAUAUUGACUCUUUAGCAAUUUGAUUUUAUUUUCUUGUUUCCCUAAAUAUGUAUGUAUAUUCAACUACAUGUGCUUCUCUUGUACAUAAAUAUGUAUAAUUCUACUAGCAUAGUGUCUGCAAUUCAUUAGACCAGCCAAAGUCGCGGCACAUCUGCUGCUGGCGCUCUCCUUUCACUUCCCUUACGCCACCACACACAACAUUAACGAUUGGCGUACAACAGCGAUUGAUUCAUUCACUAUGCAGUUGUAUGUAUGUAGUGCUGUGUAACCCCCUGUACUCACUGCCUUAUCCUCCUGCUCUUUGGCCAACCAUGUGUCCAUGCUCAGGCUCAUACAUUGUAGGCAUUUCAACAAUUGUUAAGGCGCUUUGACACGACAACAACAAACAAUAACAACAACAACAAGCGAUAUGAGGAUACACAACAAACACACAGUGUGAGCGCAAAGUUAGCGCCGCCACAGUGACUCGCGUCGCAUACUACAUUUCUUCGUCACCAUACAUUUAAUAAAUCGAAUUUUCAUUUUGUAACUAUAACAACAGUAUAACAACAAAAGUGCAACAACAAAAGGAUAUUAUAUGUAUAUACAAAAUAUUUCGGUGUGUAUGUGUGUGUGUAGCAACAUGUGCUCAAGUGAUUAUGUAAUUAUUGUUGUUGUCAGUGAUUAUGUGAAACUAUUGUUGUUGUGCGGUGUCUAUUAGUUAGUGUUGUUGUUGUGUUUUCCUGCUUUAUGCUUUAUCAAACUGUCUGUUGUACUCUCUGUGCAUACACAGCUGCCAAUCGCCAAACGGUUUUUGUUUACUUUACUACUUCGCCGGUGAUAGCGGUACUUUGAGGUGUAAAAAUUAAAAAAAGUGAAAAUAUUAUAAAAUAUUUAUUUUUGUUUUUUUAGCGAGACAAAAUUUUCAAAUUGUUGAAUAAAAUACACUGUGAAUAAUUUAUAAAAUAAAACAUUUUAUUAUAAUAAUUAAAAUCUAAAAAUAAAUAAAUCAACAGCAGCAACAAAAAUGUCUGCAGUCAGCAGUCGCAAUCAGAAAAUGGAACAACAGCUUUGGCGUGAAUUUUAUUUAUAUUAAGUUUUAUAUGAAAGCAUAAUUUGCUUUCUUGUGCUACUUAUUAGCUGUGUGAAGCGCCUGCUAAUGGAAGCUUAUAUACGACAGAAGCGCGCCUCGCCCGGCAUGGUGCAGGCGAGCGACUUACAAAUAACCCGUCCCAUGUCAGGACUGCGCACAACAACGGCCACUGGCCGUGAGCUGCACGCCUACGAUGGUCCAAUGCAAUUCAUCAGCUCGCCACACAAUCCUGAUCAAUUAUUAAGUAACACCACCGUCAUCACAACUACGAAUACGAAUGUGACCACCGCGAACUCAAGCAGCAAUGCGGGCACGCCGAAUGGGCGUUCGCAUGGCGUCAGCUUUACGAAUAAUAUGCGACCGCGGACGGCACAGAUGACAGGACACAUCAUCAAUCAGGAUGAUUUAAUCGAAGAGAUUUCCUCACACGAACUCGAAGAUGAAGAAAGCAGUCCCGUCAAUCAUAUGUCCAAUAAUGGCCAACGGCAGAAGCAACGCCAGCAACAACAGUUACAACAACAACGCUCAUACAGUCACGAUCAAGAUAGCAGCACAUUGGACGAAGAUGAUUAUGUGAAUCGUAAUAUCGAGGAAGCGGCCCCCGUCAUGCCAUUGAAUCACAGCAUUGCAUCACAAACGAAUACGACCACCAAUUCCGUAGCCGGUGCACGCAGCACUUCGGCACAUUCGGCCGGCACCGGUUCGGCUAAUAACACUGCCAACUAUGCGAACAGUGCACAGCAAACUACGUCGUCGUCGGCCGCGGACGCCAGUGGCGAACCGGAAGGUGAUCUCGUCGGCAACAUCGAACAGUUCGUCAUGCAGCCCGCGUCGCAGGGUGUGCUCUUCAAGUGUCGCAUAACGCGCGAUCGCAAAGGCAUGGAUCGUGGCCUCUUUCCGAUAUACUAUUUGCAUUUGGAGCGUGAUUAUGGCAAGAAAAUAUUUCUUUUGGGCGGUCGCAAGCGUAAGAAGAGCAAAACCUCUAAUUAUAUUAUCAGCUGCGAUCCUACGGACUUAUCGCGCCAGGCCGAGGGUUUUUGUGGCAAAUUGCGUUCGAAUGUGCUCGGCACCUCCUUUACUGUGUUCGAUAAUGGCAGCAAGGAUAGCACGGAAAAUCCACGAUCCGAUUUGGCGGUGAUCAUCUAUGACACCAAUAUCCUCGGCUUCAAAGGUCCACGCAAUAUGACAGUAAUACUGCCCGGCAUGACGGAAGAAGAUCAACGCGUAAAAAUCAGCUCGGCCGAUCCCAAGCAACAGGGCAUACUUGAUUUAUGGAAAGUUAAGAACAUGGACACAAUUGUUGAGCUGCACAAUAAGACGCCCGUGUGGAAUGAUGAGACUCAAUCGUAUGUACUCAAUUUCCAUGGGCGUGUCACACAGGCAUCGGUUAAGAAUUUCCAACUCGUACACGACUCGGACCCCGACUACAUAGUCAUGCAAUUCGGACGCACCUCCGAAGAUGUAUUCACCAUGGACUACCGCUAUCCGUUGUGUGCGCUGCAAGCGUUCGCCAUUGCGUUGAGCAGUUUUGAUGGCAAAAUCGCAUGCGAGUAGAAGACAGAGGUGUUCAAAUGAGCGCGCAAGGAAGUUGUAGAAGAAGUUAUGCUCAAAUUUAGCAAAAACAAUAGUAUUUAAUGUAAAUGUAAUUGUAAAAUCAAAAUUAGCACAAAAGAGUACGGUCAUAAUCAAAAAAGUGCAUGUUGAAUAUGUUGAUAACAAACGGUUGCCUAGUUGUGAGCGUUCACAGGGCGCUAGAAGAGUAUAUCUACCUUUAUGUGGAUAUGUACAUGCACCGACUUGAUUAACACUAAUAUUUCUUUUUUUACAAAGCAAUUAAGAGUACAAGAAAUUUGUUAGAAGUGUAAAAUAAUUGAAAUACAUUUACACACACAGAUAUUUAUAGGUGGCAUAUAGUAAAUUCUUAAAGCAUCAGAAAUGUAUUAAAAAUUGUCUUGAUAACUGUCCAAUCAAAAUUUAAAAAAAAAAUCACGAAAUUUAGUUUCAAACCAUCAUUCAAUCCAUCCCGGAAAUCAUCAAUAAUUGCUUCCCUUUCAAAUAUCACACAUCACUAAUUUCUUCAAAGAUGUCUAUAUUAAGCUAAGGCUAAGAGAAAGCUGUCCUCUUAUUUCUUCAUAUGAUAAAAUAAAACCUGAUCUCCUAGAUCUGUAAUCAUAUAAACGUAAAACUUCUCAUUUUUUGCGAUUUUCGUCAAGCUAGAUUAAAUUUUUAUCAGUCUUUCGAAAGUUAAAAUAUUCGAGUUUAUUUCUUUCCAAAGGUUACUAUUUACAAUCUUAAAGCUUAUGAUAACCGUUAUUGACUUUUUGAGAACUUGAAGCUCAACAAUUCAGUUUUCUCAAAAGUUAAGCAGCAGCAAUUUAUGAUGUGCUCUUUCGGUAGCUUUAUAGAUUUUUACGUCCAUAGUUUCGUAUUACUCACCCUUUCGUCGGGCUUCAGUAAGUGUAGGUUCAGCUUAUUUAGUUUACCAAAAGUGGUAUUCCGUUUGGUUCAAAAAGAUUACAGACUUAAGGAAGACGUUUAGGUCGCAACACAAAAUCAGUUUUUUUAAGGAUUUGUACACUAACUUGCUUAAUGGUAUCACAAGAAACCUGCUUUUCAAUCAAGUCGACCUGACAUAACCUAACUUAUUCCAAAUUUCAACUUACUCAGCUUACCUUUUUGAUAUAAUAUAAUCGUAUAAAAAAUAGUUUCUUGCUUCAGUUUUUUAUGUUUAUACCUUGGACAAUAAUCAGGCAUCAGAACAUCUUUUAAGGUAGGAUAGCAAUUACUAAGUUCUCAACGAAACUUACUCUGCGUUAAACUGUACGGUCCGACUAAUUUUUCAAAUGACUACGUCAAAGAAAUAUUUUUACUACACUUUUUUAAAUACCAACCCCUUUCAUUUGGUAUAAUUAAUUUAAGCACAACACAAAUUUAGACCAAUUUUCAUAUGGUAUACAGUGUUGAUAUUUUAUUAUGCCGGUCUAAUAUUUAUUUCUAGUCAGGAAAUUAGCACUUUUAUUUGCGAGCACAUUUUGUAGCACUAAAAAUGAUUAAUAAUUAAUAUAUAAAUGUAAUAGUUUAGUUUAGUAAUUUAUUGUAUAUUUAUAAAAAAAUAAAUGUUAAUUUAUAUGAUUCGAUAGAGAUAUACAUUCUUAUACAGCUAUUUGUAUUAAAAAAAGAACAACUACUAAAGAUUUUAUAAUUCUAUUCAUAUUCGCUAAAUUAUGCGCUAAGCUCUGUUGUAUAAACCGCUUUCUAUUCUCCAAAAUUUGUAAAGUGAUGAUUCGAAAAAGCCACUGGUAUAAAACUUCGUUUCAUUUAUACCACAAAAAGGUAUAAUGUUUUUCCACAUAUGAUCUUCGCUGAAAUUCAAUUUCAUAAUUUUAUUGCUGCUUUCAUAAGUAAAAUGUUUGAUGAGUGAGAAGGGUCAAACACCGAGUUGAGAAAUUGCAUAUAGAAGGAGACUGACGGACCUGAGUAUAUUUUCGCUGUAAAAUCACAACUGUCUUUAACAUACUGAGUUACUGUGUUCAUAAUCAUCAUUAACCCUUUCAUGCGAAAUGUUGUCUAUAGGCGAAAAAAUUAUACAAAAGUGGUUCUACAAAAAGUGUUCAAAAACAUAAAAAUAAUUGUUUUAUUUUAAAACAAAAUGAACUGUUAUAUAUAAAUAUGUAAAUACAAGAGAGUUAUUUAAAAAAAAAAUCAUGAAAAAAGUGUUUAGUUUAUUUAUAAUAAAUUAAUAAAUGAAGUUUAAGUUAUCGAAAAACUUAUUUUCGAAAGCAUUUCUCUACACAUAAAUUG